GGGUUUUAUUUGCGCGAUGCCAAGGUCGGUGGCAAACAACAACAAAGCGGAAUAAACGGUACGAUUAUUGAUUUUUCCACUGCAAGGCGGAUGCUAAAAUGCAUUCCGAUAGUGUUUACCGGCUCGUUGACCAGCUGGUCGAAUCGAUUGGCCAACAGUGUUGCGGCCGGAUCGACGCAAAGACGGUGAAAAAGUGUAAAUCACGAGCAUUUGGAAUACUGCUCGGGAAGCCCGAAGUUACCCUUGGUGUUGGUGCCGUGGCGGAAUGUACCGCUGCAGCUGAUGAUCCACUGGCAAUGCUGGAAUGCCAUUACUUCGAGAUGCAAAUGACGUCACGCUACAAGUAUCAGCUGGAGCGCUGUGAACGAUUCGAACGGUUGUUGGAUCAAAUCCGGCGCUUCGAAACCGACGACGGUCCGGUGCUGGUCGAUCCGGAGCGUGCCGUGUUGCAGUUUUUACUGUCACUGAAAAAUUCCACCACCGAUUGCAGCGAGGUCCUUGCAGAGUCACCGUUUUUCGGCCACAGUAAGAUGCCGGCCGCACGGUACGGUCCCUACCCGAUCUUCCAGCCCGAGGACUUCCGGAUAGACGAGCGGUUGCUUACGGCGUGCUACGAUGAGAAGACAAAUCCGUACCUGUUUCGUGCAACUCACCACGUAUUUACCACAAACAUUGCCAACAUAAUGGCAAGCGAAGCUGUUCGUCAGGAUCCGCUUCCGGUUGAGUGUUCCUAUUUUAGCGACCGAAUGGCUAGCUUGGGUCACUAUCAGGGCCCGUUCCGAUACAAUCUUUUGAGGGCAAUCCGACAAGCAACGAGCGAGCCGUAUGAGCAGCUGCCAAAUAAUGAAAUUGUUCGUGCCGUUAAACCCAUAAAACAGUCACAGGAAGAAGCGUUAAUUUUCGGCAUGAACUGGGAGAACCUUGGUCAACGCUACAUACCGGUGGAGAAACCAUUUGCUUCCGAAUGUCCGGGCGCAUUGUUUCGGUACAAUGCUGCCCAUGAAAACGAGCUGGGACACAAGCUUCCGGAGAUUAGGAUCGUCCCACGGUUAAGUUUCAUACGCGAUGUAAAAUUUCUCAUCACCGGUGUCAGUUCGAGCCUGUUUCAGUUCGAUGAGAGCAAUCGUUUCCGAGCGCUUCCCAACAUUACCAUCGAGGAUGUAAAAAUCGAAUCGAUCCAAUCGUUCGUCGAUCAAGCGCUGGUGAUCGGUACCUGCUUCCGGCGGUUGCUGAUGAUGACGCGCAAAAAUCCCUACACGCUCGAGCUCAUCAUGGAAGGGUUCGUGUUUAGGGCGUUCUGCGAAAGUGUGGAGAACUUCCUGUGCUGCUAUCGGGUGCUCGUGUACAGCUAUAAGGGCGAAUCGUUGCUUCAGCUGCUGCAAAUGCUUUCCCCGGCAAACGAACAGUUGCUUUCGAUGGCUAAGCUGUGCAGUUUGCAUCCGGGCAAUGAAAGUGAUCGUGAGUUUCCGACCGGUUCGAUGCUGCUCGAUCAUUUGUACCGUGAGCUGAUACAGGUUACGCAGCCGAGCGUGAGCGUCUUCCUGCUGUCGACGUUGAGACGCUGCUGUCUGGAGUAUUUUGCUAUCUUCCAGCGGUGGUUGUUUCAGGGCCAGUUGCACGACCCUUCCGGCGAGCUGUUUGUAUUCUUUGUCGAUCACUAUCGCACGAAUACGAAGCAUUUCUUCGACAAGGCUUACUUCAUCCGGCGGAAGAGUGUGCCCGGUUUUCUCAAAGGGUACGAUGAGGACAUUCUGCUGUGUGGGAAGUACGUUAUGCUGCUGAGAGCUUUCCGGCCGUUGCAUCCUUUAUUCACCCUUCGCCAUCCGGAGCUGAACGUUUGCCUAUCGUUCGAUGAAGUAUCAAAGCUACGCUCCAAAUGGUUGCGGUACGUCGCGAAAGCACGCCAGCUCUGCGGACCGACCGUAUCCGUGCGUGAGCUGUACGAAACCAAACAAAGCGAGCGGGUUGAGUUUUAUCGCAUUGUGGAGGAAAACUUCCGCACCUACAUGGAGCAAUGGCGUGUGGAGCAGGAAACGGAAGCGCAGGAACAGAAGCGACGCAAGAAGAAGCAGAUGGAAGAUUUGCUCGACCAGCUGAACGAGAUACGGGAAAACAAACUGAUGGCGAAGAGGCAAGAACUGCAAGAGGAGCUACAGCUCGAGCAGGUUCGUCUCGAGAUGGAAAAUAGGCAACUGUUGCGGGAAAAUCUAGAGCUUACGGAUCGUGUAAAGAAGUACACGGCGUUAAACACAAUGAUGGACGCGAAGCUGGAUGGACUGCAGGCUGCGACGGUCGAGCUGAGCAUCGUGCCGGUCGUUACGAUUACGACGGACGGUACGGACGGUGAGGCGGUGAGCGAGGAUCCACCGUUUCAGAGCUGUCGUGAGAGUAGGGCCAGCACGGCAAGCGUUUCCAUCUACGAGGACGCUCAGAAAUCGCCGUCGCUGAGUGUGGACUCUUCGCCGUAUGGGGCGGACAGUACGGCGAGUAGCUGCAGCUCUGCGGCUAAGGCAGAUCUUUCCACCUCCGGUGCGGAAGAUCUCGACUGUACGGUGAUCGAAGGCCCAAUCGUUCCAACACUCGACCCUGCAGCGCUGGAAAGUGAUCGUCUCAACUGCAAUCUUCCGGCGGAAGAUACCGCGACGCGUGAAGGUGAACGAAACCGAGCGAAAGUGUUGGGAUCGACGGUGGGUGUGUUCCAGAAUGAAGAUCAUGCCAAUGCAAACGUGGAGCAGCUUGUGGUAGCUACCGCCAGUGCGGGACUACGAAAGCUAACGGAAGCACAGCGUAAUAAGCUAAAAAUACUCUCGCAGGAGUUCGAAAUCGCUCCACCGGACGAUGCAACCGGAAGGAUCGACAUGAAUUGCAAUCGAUUGGCGGAGCGUCGCAAAAAUCGAGACCGUAUCCUGAUAAGCGAUUACACAACGCGCGAACAGGAGAGCACUGGUCCGACGUACGCACAAACAACGGCACAGGAGCUUACGGAGCUGCAAAAAAAUCGUCGAAAGAUUAUGAGCCAAGAGUACAAUCUGCUCACGGAUUAUGCCGUUCCGGAUGGAACUACCAGACGCGAUCCGAACGGGAAGCCCACAAUGUACCUAAAUCUCGAUUCGGAUCGUGCUAGAAAUCGGCGACGAAUAUUAGAAUCGGAGUUCGAUAUUGCGACUGGGGUGGAAAACUUUCCUGCCUCACCAAUGUCGGUCGAUAGUGACACGGUAGAUGAGUCAACGAGUCCUUCGGUAGCACCGGCGGCCAUGAUUGGUGGAGAGAGUGAACUGGCGAAGGAUGUUAACGCGAACCCUGUCACACAAAGGGCUUCAGGCGGUUUGAAGCUGGAUGUGCUAGCAGCGGCUGAUGCGGCGGAAAGAUUCGCUAUCGAUAGACGGUUUGGUAUUCCCGAUACGGCAGCACUGGCACUGGAAACCCCGGCCAGUGCGAUGAAAGCAACCGGAGAAGCAGAGGACGGGAUCGAUGGUGGGUUUGAUUUUACCCGUGCGAAAGCGCUGGAACGAAGGGAAGGAUCGAGCGCUUGCCACAGUCUAGCUCCGGUCGAGGUGAAGGACACGGACGGGGAGGAAGAGGAUGAACUUUAUCGAGAGUUUGUGCUGGCGAUGAAGAAGCAGUGUGAAAACUUCUGUCGGCUAGCAAUUCCACCGUCCGGCAGCUCGGACGAUACCGAACCGGAGGACGAAACCGCUUCGAAAGCACUGGAAAAGGAGCUUAACAGCGUGGACGUUCUUACCAUAACGCGCUUCCUACAGUACUCGUUGGUGAUUCCGCUGAAAGCUCACAUGGAGAUCGUGAACAACGAGAUACUGAAGAUGUAUCUGUACGAUCUGGACAUAUUGGGGCAUUUCGAAAGUCUCCGCAACUACUUCCUGCUGAUGGAUGGCGAAUUUUCAACCCACAUCUGUGACAACCUUUUCAACCGGCUGGAAACGGUACGAACGCCGGAAGAGAUGCUUAACUAUCAAACGCUUCACUCGAUCCUGGAUGGUGCGCUGUACUCGAGCAAUGCCGGUACCGAUCCGAACGCCAACCGGCUGUCCUUCAUCGUGUGCCAAGUGCCGGAAAAGUUUGACCUAUACUCGCCCAACGUGUUUAGCAUGCUGAACCUUAGCUAUCGCGUCGAGUGGCCCCUGAAUCUGAUCUUCACCCUGGAAACGAUCGAGCAGUACACGAACGUGUUUAAGUAUCUGGUAAAGGUGCGGCGGGUUAGCUACGUGCUGGAGGAUUCGUUCCAGCUGCUGAAGGAAGCUAGCAAACGGUUGGGUAAACCUUUGCUGCAUUCUCCGCAGUACGCGCGGGUGCAGCUGAUACGCCACAAACUGUCCCACCUGGUGAACGCCCUGAAGAACUACAUCACCAGCAGUGUGCUGCACGCAUCCUGGGAAGCAUUCCGUGAGGAUCUGCAGGAUUCAACCGAAACGAUGGAAGACCUGUUCCGCAAGCAUCGGACCUACCUGAAGCGAGUCAUUUUUCUCUGCCUCCUCAACAAGCGGAGCAUUGAGUUUUACAACAAUAUCGAGCAAAUCUUUCGCGUUGUGCUUCGGUUCUAUCGGCAUCUGCGUUCGAAGGAGUGGCGACGGCAGGAACCGGCCCAGCAGGGAGCGGUCGGAGGGAGCGGCAGCCAGUACUAUGUGCAUCCACGCUACCGCCAGAUACUGGACGAUGAGGUGGACUUUGAGAAGCUGAUCAAGUACACCAUCUUCCUCGGGAACAAGAUGUACGAUCACGGGUAUCAGAAGGAAAUAUCGGAGUUUCUGCACGUCAUCAACAUUAACGGCUAUUACGAUGAUGUGAAGCCGGUUGUUAGCUAAUUGUGUAAUGGGUAACCUUCCUGAGUGUGUCAAAGGAGAGAUCUGCUAGGUUGUAUUUAGAUAAACACAAAAAUGGCAUGUAAAUAUGAAACUAUCAUCUUCCAGCAUUCAUUCAGGCGCAGGAAAACAAGAUGGGAUCUGUUGUUUGUUUUAGGAUAAAUUAUGUUAAUGUUCGUAACAUUUUAGUAUUUAUAUACACGGAAAUAAACUAAGUGUUUAAAAACUUCUUA